AUGUUAUCACAUUCACAAAAAGUAGUUAGACUUUAUCGUAAAGCUAUCAAAUCUAUUAGAGAUUAUUCAGAAGAUUAUGAUAUGUUUUUACUUAAUGCAGGUGAUUUACGUGCUUCCCUUAAAGCUGGUAAAAACGAAACAAACCCAUUCGCCAUUCAACAAAUGGUUAAACAAUUAGAAGAUUUCAAUAGUUAUUGGGAACAUCCAGAUCCAUACAUUCCAUGUGAUGGCAUUAAUGGUACAAAAUGGCAAAGAAAUACUGCCCCAGCUAAAUAUGCUGUUGAUCCAACCAAUCAUUUAUUAGAAAAUGGAAGAGAAUAA